AUGUCGGUCCCUCCUGAUGCUGCUGCUGUUGAUAACAAGCCUGGAGAUGAUUGUCCCCCAACUUGGGCAAUCAAUGUGAAUGAAGUAAGAACGCUGAAAGUAAGCAAUAUCUCAGUGUCUGCUUCUGAGGAUGAUAUCAAGGAAUUCUUCUCCUAUCCUGGGGAUCUGCAUUUCAUUGAAGUGCAGAGGGAAAGUGACACCACUCAACUUGCAUAUGUCACAUACAAGGAUCCAAAGGGAGCAGAAACCGCAAUGCUUCUUUCGGGAGCUGUCAUAUCUAAUCUUUCCAUUUCUAUAGCACCAGCUGAGAACUAUGAUCUGCCUCCUAAUGCUCCUCCUCUAAUCCUAGGAACGCAGCCAGAAUCCGAUUCUGAUGCUGUCAAGAAGGCGGAGGAUGUUGUAAGCUCCAUGCUUGCCAAAGGCUUCAUCCUGGGAAAGGAUGCCGUAAACAAGGCAAAAUCUUUGGAUGAAAGUUACCAUGUGACAUCAAAUGCCUCAGCUACGGUUGCUUCUGUUGACCUUAAAAUGGGAAUAAGUGAGAAGCUAAGCAUAGGGACAGCUGUAGUUAACGAAAGGGUUAAGGAGAUGGACCAGAAGUACCAAGUUACAGAAAAGGCAAAAUCUGCACUUGCGGCAGCUGAGCAAAAGGGGUCUGCUAUCAUGAGCAAUCCUUAUGUCUCAACUGGAGCAUCCUGGGUUUCAAACGCAUAUAAUGCUGUAGCGAAAGCAGCUGAGGACGUGAGCACAAUGACAAAGGAAAAGGUUGAAAAAACCGAGGAGGAGAGACGGGCUGCAAUUGGUAAUGAUUCUGAAGCUGCCCUUCUUGAUCAGUCUUUGGCUGGAGAUCCUGCCCCUAAUUACUCUACUGAUAGCAAAAAACUCGUAUAAUUUAUGCCACUAUAUAUUUCAUGACACUGUACAAGCAUAUGCACUACUGCAGUUGGACUGAGUAUGAACUAAAACUGCAUGUGUUUGGCACAUUGGAGUUCGAAUAUUAAAAGCUUAGCUAACAGGAUUAGAUUAACAGUUCGAAA